UUCCCCUCUCUCUCUCUCUCUCGGUGAACAGGGGCCGCGGCUGGCGGGCGGCGGGCGGGCGAGGACAAGCACCUCUCCAAGUGGACCGACGCCGACGUCGACGAGUUCAUCGCCUCCGAUCCCGUCUACAGCCCGCAGCUCAAGGCGAUGAGGGAAUCCAGGAAGUCCGCGCUCGGCGGGGCUCUCGUCGGCGGCACGCACCUCGGCGGCAUCGCCCUCAAGUACUCCAAGGCCCCGCACGAUAUCAUCACCAAUCGCGACCUAUCUAAUCAACUGCUGUUCUGUGCUGUGCGCGUGCGUUUGGUGCCUGAUUUGGUUGACGAGGUGCCUGAUUCUGUGCUGUGCUGCUUCGCCGGUUGACGAGGUCAGAGAGGACGGGGAAAACCGGCAGAGGUUGAGGACGAUAUGCGUGAUGCGCCGAGGCGGCCGUUCUUCGCGUGCGCCGCGGCGGGGAGGUGGGUGUUCGUCGCCGGCGGCACGACGAGGAGAAGAACGCGCUGCAGACCGCGGUCGCGUACAACGCCGAGGCCGACGCGUGGGUGCCGCUCCCGGACAUGGCGACGGAGCGGGACGAGGCCAGGGGGCUCUACGUCGGCGGUGUGUUCGUCGUCGUCGGCGGCGGUGGAGACGGAGCUCGCUCGGGCAGCCACGACGGCGCCGCCUCCGCCGUGCACGCCUUGCUCCUCGCUGCCGCCUCCACCAUGUACGGCGUCGGCGGUGGCGGCGGCUUCAACGCGCCCUCCACGGCAUUCGCCCGGCGGCCGCAACCAGGAGGAUGAUGACGACGACGAGGAGGAGUAAUCCGGCGAGGGGCACGUCCUCAAGGCCUGGGCGAGGAGCCCGGAGGAGUCUGUCUCCGCCGCCGACUGCCCGGGCGAGCUCCACCUCCGCCUCCGCCACCAGCCGAUCCGCGCCGUGCACGCCUUGCGCGGUUGCGCGAGAGAGAGAGAGAAGAGAGAGAGAGAGGGGAAGAGGGGAAGAAGGGAUGACAUGUGGGUCCCACCAUUAUUUUAAAAGAAAAUGCUAACUGGGUUGCCACGCGUACGCCACGUAGUACAAAACCACUCUGGAUUCGGUCGAGGGGGGUAAUUCGUGCGGUAUAAAAAGUUCGGGGUGAGUGAUAUCCGGUUUUCAGAUUCAGGGGUAAUUCGGUUGACCGUGAUAGUUUAGGGGUGUAAUUCGUACUUUUUCCAUUACAAAAUUAUACAUAGGAGAAAGAUAAUAAAACUAAUGAUGUAAGCUUUAAUGUAAGAGUAACUUAUACAUAACUCAAGAAAAAAAAUAAGUGAGAGAAAGGAAGAGGGAGUUUGAAAAAG